CUCUAUUCAACGUCAGAGGGCAUUGAAUUAGGUUGUUUAAAAAUAACGUAGCUGAUUUUAAUUCUACCUUGUUGCAUCUUGUUCGAAUAGUGUGUUGCUGCGAGAUGUCUUUGGUCGCUGUCUUUUAAGUAAAAUUGUGAUGGCAAACUGAGAAGUGUGAGACUGUGAGUGAUAACAAGUUUACAAUGCGAGUCAGAUUCAUGUAUGAGAUAGUUACCUAACAACUUAAUUCCCCACAAAAAAAUUCAAUAGAAGGUGUGAAUUAAGACCAAAUGGCAUCACGUCUAAGAAGGCUAGCACUGGGCUCUAUUGCAUUUGGUGCAGGAGCCUGUUUUGCAACAUGGUGUUUGAUGAGAGACGGAAAUCUGAAGUUGGAGCAGGUGCAUGCAGCUACAGCACCAAAGGAAAGGCGUGCCAAAAGGCAGCUUCCAACAAGGGAUGAACAAAUCAAGUCUCUUCAGACAGAGAGUUUUGAUGUUCUUAUUAUUGGAGGUGGUGCUUCUGGCUCUGGCUGUGCACUGGAUGCAGUAACAAGAGGUCUGAAAACUGCCCUAGUAGAGAUGGACGAUUUUGCAUCAGGGACAAGCAGCCGGAGCACCAAACUGAUUCAUGGUGGAGUGCGAUAUCUUCAGAAAGCAAUCAUGAAACUUGAUGUUGACCAGUAUCGUAUGGUAAAGGAGGCUUUGCAUGAACGAGCAAACAUGUUGGCUUCAGCUCCACACCUCAAUCACCCACUGCCAAUCAUGCUGCCAGUUUAUACGUGGUGGCAGAUUCCAUACUAUUGGUUUGGCAUCAAGAUGUAUGAUAUUGUAGCAGGAGCAAAAACCCUCAAAAGCUCAUAUUUUCUGUCAAAGAAAAAUGCCUUGGAAUUAUUCCCUAUGUUGCAAGGGGACAAAUUAUGUGGUGCUAUUGUGUAUUAUGAUGGUCAGAUGGAUGAUGCUCGCAUGUGCCUUUCAGUGGCUUUGACUGCUACACGACAUGGAGCAACAGUAGCCAAUCAUGUCCGUGUUACAAAACUAUUAAAAGAAAAAGAUUCAUCUGGAAAGUCUGUACUCUGUGGUGCAAGUUUACGUGAUGAGAUUACAGGGAAAGAAUGGGAUAUCCGAGCAAAAUGUAUUAUCAAUGCUACUGGGCCUAUGACUGAUACAAUUCGCAAGAUGGACAACCCUUCGGCAAAAGGAAUAUGCUGCCCUAGUUCAGGAGUUCACAUUGUGUUGCCAGGAUACUACAGUCCUGAUCAAAUGGGCCUGCUUGACCCAGAUACAUCAGAUGGGCGUGUAAUUUUCUUCUUGCCUUGGCUGAAACACACCAUUGCCGGCACAACCGAUCUGCCUUGUCAGGUCACACACAACCCAAAACCAACUGAAGAUGAAAUUUUAUUUAUUUUAGAAGAAGUAAAAAACUACUUAAAUCCUGAUGUUGAAGUGUGAUUUAAAACCUCUUCAUGAGAAAUGUCAGACUGAUGGUCUGAGAGUUGAAGGUGCUCAUAACUGGACCCCUACAAUGUACAUUCGCUUAGUACAAGAUGUUGGUCUGGAAUGUGAAGUGGCUCAGCACCUAGCACAGUCAUAUGGAGAUCGAGCUUUCAAUGUAGCAAAACUUGCUUCACUCACUGGAAAGCGUUGGCCUAUCAUUGGCAAGAAAAUACAUCCUGAAUUUCCAUAUAUUGAUGCUGAGAUACGCUAUGCUGUUAAGGAGUAUGCAUGCACUGCUAUUGACGUGAUAGCCAGGAGGCUGCGCUUGGCAUUCCUUAAUGUUCAGGCCGCUCAAGAAGCUCUUCCUGCCAUUGUUGACAUCUUGGCUGAGGAGCUGAAGUGGAGUAAUGAUGCAAAGAAGAAACAUUUUGAAGAUGCAAAAGCUUUUUUGCAACAUGAGAUGGGUCAGCUGGUGAAUAGGACAUCUCGUGAUAAACUUCCAAUCAAUCUGUCAAAGGAUGAGAUCCAGUCAUAUAUCAAAAGAUUCCAGAUCAUUGACAAGGAUCAUAAAGGCUAUGUAUCCAUCACAGAUAUUAGGCGAAGCUUACAGCACACAGGUGAAGAGGUUUCUGGAGAGGAACUGCAUGAAAUUCUGAGAGAGAUUGACACUAACAUGAAUGGACAAGUUGAAUUGGAUGAAUAUUUGCAGAUGAUGUCUGCAAUCAAGUCUGGCCACGUUGCUUACUCACGUUUUGCACGUAUGGCUGAAAUGGAAGAGGAACAUCAUGAAAGAGAACUCUUGAAGAAACAGAUCUCUGUGGAGCGCAGUGGUGGCGGCCUUUAAAUCAAACACAGAUGACUUGUUAGCUCUUCAUAGAUGUUGUUUCUCCCCAUGGAAUGCAAUCCCCUCCCAGAUCAACCAUUUCAUACCCGGUGAGUAUCAGAAUAAUUCCAUAUGGUUUGUUGUAGUUUUUGUGCAGAGGGAGAGUUACAUUUUUAGUUUGCUGGAUGUUUUUGAAGACAGGCAGUAUUUUCAUUUAAAACUGAUAUAUGUAGUAUAAUUUAUCUGUGCCCAAAUGAUAUGAAUGCUCACUUUUCAUAGAUGUGUUACCUGACAAUUGUAUUAUGUAAGAACUGCAACAUUGUGGCUUGAAUUAUUAAGCCAGUAUUUGUUGGUUGCUUCAGGGGAACAAAAUAUGAACUGCAGGCUGAAAUUCCUUUACUGUAGAAAUGAAGUAAAUAGGAUCAGUGUUUCAACACUGUAUAGAAAUGUGUAAUUUUUUUUAUACAGAAAACUUGCAAAAGGAAAGACUUUGAUACAUUGAAUAUAUACCAGCAUACCCAAUAUACUCAGCAGGUUCUUGAGCAUUUUAAAUUUAGAGGAUUCUAGUAGGUUAUGUUAGGGAUAUGGAUGAAGUUCUGGGGGCAAAAUGCUGUCACAAAUCAACAGGUCAGAAAACCUUGAAGCUCUGUAUCAUAUAGAAUAAACAGAGUAUAAUAAUAUUUAUAAGAAUGGAGAUUUCCAUCAUCCAGCAUCUCCUGUAAAACUUAAAAAUUCGAGAAUUUUCAUGGUGCUGCCCUCUAUAACUUCUAGGUGUUAAUUCCUCUUCUUUAAAUUCCACUCAUCUACUUUUAGUAAUGCUGAUGUUUGAAAAAUGUGUUGCAGUCUUGUUGCUUGUUUAUCAGAGCAAAGUCCAAGUAUUGUGAUUUAUAUAAUUUUUGUACAGUUGCAGGGGAGAUUUAGAAAUAAUUAUUCAUCUUAUGAAUGUUGUUAGAGUUUGAUAUUAAAUCCAUUGAGAAUGUUGUAUUAUUUUUAUCCAGUAUGCUCUGUUCGCUGCAGUUCACCAAAGCAGUAUUCCAUAUUAAGUCUAGAUCUUUAAAUUAGUGUCAGAUGUAAAUACAGGCCUAAAUCCCUUGCAAUUCUUUUAAGUUAAAUUGUAAAUAUAAAUCUGGUAUAUGACUUGAAUUGUAAAUUUGUAUCUGUAGGGGGCAUUAAUUAGAAUGUUUGUGAACAUGCAACAUAAUGCAAGAAUUUCACAGUGUAACAAGAACUUUCCUUACCAAUUAGCCUCUUUAAUUCUAUUUCAGAGCUUCAACAAAUUGAAGUUCUGAGCUCUUAUUUAUUGUCACUAGGGCACUACACAAAAUAUUAUUUAUACUUUGACACUUUUUUAUUUAUUUAAUUUAAAUAUGUAAUUUAAACAUUUCAGUAAAGAUCUGUAAUUUAUUGAACAUGUCAUUUGUUGCUUUAAUGAAAUAAAUUGCAAUGUGAAAUACAGAUUUCAGCCAUAUAAAGAUUAGUUAGUAUCUUCUAAGGUGUGAUGCUGUGUAGUCUGGUAGAAGGUUCUAGUGUUUCAGAGGAACUUGCUUCCUCCAUCUUCACAGUGGGAAAGUCCAUACCUCUUCUACCCUGAAAAGGAAGCAGCAAGUUUGGGGUCUUUCCACCAGACUACACAGUGUCACAUCCCAGAAGACAGUAAUUUUCAUAUUCUCGACCAUGAGAAGCUCAAAUUUAUUCUGGUAUAUAAAGGAAGUGUUUAUUGAUCCAUGCAAGCAUAUAUUUUAGGUAAUAGUACACAAAUUAAAUUUUACACUUUCAGAGAAAGUUAUCUUUCAGUAACUUAUUUUAUUUCUAUUUUCUUAAUCUCGUUAAAAUUUAAAUGAUAAAAUGUACCAAAGUUGUAUUGAGUUCUGUACAGUUUCACGUUUUUUCAGAAUUUGUUUCUUAAAAGAUCAUAACAUAUCAUAUACAUGCAUAAAAUUCUGUUUGAAAAUGUUUGUGUUACUUAUAUUCCAGUGUGAAAUAGCAAUAAUAUGAAAGUUCAACAAGAUUACUGGAAGGAACAGGUUUGUUAUAAAAUACCCAUGAAUGUAAACAUGCAAUAAUCAUUCAGUGUUACUUAAACUGUCAGGAAUAUGGAAUGUUCUCGUAUAGUGUUUGUGUAUUUCACAAUAUGUGUUGUGUCACAGAUGUACCUGAUAUUAAAAGACAUGUAACACUAGUUGAAAUAUGUAAACAUUGCUGACGUAAAGUAAUGAAAUAAAAUAAAGUGACAUGUCACAAAUUCAUAAAUAA